AUGGCCGGAGAUAACAGCAAACAGUUUUGGAAGAGGAGCGCCAAGCUACCGGGGAGUAUUCAGCCUGUAUAUGGUGCCCAGCAUCCUCCUUUGGAUCCUCGGCUAACAAAAAACUUCAUUAAAGAACGCUCAAAAGUCAAUGCAGUACCCUUGAAGAAUAAAAAAGCCUCCAGUUUUCAUGAAUUUGCCCGAAAUACCAGUGAUGCCUGGGACAUUGGAGAUGAUGAGGAUGAGGAUUUUUCCACAUCCUCUUUCCAAACUCUGAACUCUAAGGUUGCUUUGGCAACUGCAGCCCAAGUGCUAGAGAACCACAGCAAGUUACGGGUGAAGCCAGAGCGGUCUCAAUCUACGGCAGCUGACAUAACAGCUAAUUUUAAAGUCAUCAAAUCCAGCAGUGAUGCCCAGCUGUCUAGAAAUUCUGGUGAUACAUGUUUGAGGAACCCUCUUCAUAAACAGCAAUCACUUCCACUCCGACCCAUCAUCCCCCUUGUUGCCCGGAUCUCAGACCAAAAUGCUUCCGGUGCUCCCCCAAUGACUGUCCGAGAAAAAACACGCUUAGAGAAAUUUCGGCAGCUUCUCUCUAGCCACAAUACAGACCUAGAUGAACUGAGGAAGUGUAGCUGGCCAGGAGUUCCCAGGGAGGUUCGGCCUGUCACCUGGAGGCUCCUGUCGGGAUACCUCCCAGCCAACACUGAGAGGAGGAAGAUGACUCUACAGAGGAAGCGGGAGGAGUACUUUGGUUUCAUUGAGCAGUAUUAUGAUUCCAGAAAUGAAGAACAUCACCAGGAUACCUAUCGACAGAUACACAUUGACAUUCCAAGGACGAAUCCACUCAUCCCAUUGUUCCAGCAGCCACUUGUUCAGGAGAUUAUGCAGCAGAUCCCAGAUCCAAACGUCUACGCGGGUGAACGCAGGGGCUUCCCCCAAGCAUCUAAGCAGCGAAUAAAGAACCCUAAAGCAGGGACUUUCCCCAGCGUCCUGCACAGCAAAAGUGCUGCCCCAGAAGAGGAUGUGGAGAACUUUGAUGUGACAAACUUAUCUCAAGAUAUGCUACGAAGCAUCGAAGCAGACAGUUUUUGGUGCAUGAGUAAGCUGCUGGAUGGGAUACAGGAUAACUACACCUUUGCUCAGCCAGGGAUCCAAAAGAAAGUCCAAGCACUGGAAGAGCUGGUCAGCCGGAUUGAUGAACAGGUACAUAAUCACUUCAGGAGGUACGAGGUUGAAUAUCUACAGUUUGCUUUUCGCUGGAUGAAUAAUCUGCUUAUGAGAGAACUGCCCCUCCGAUGUACCAUUCGGCUGUGGGACACCUACCAGUCUGAACCAGAAGGAUUUUCUCAUUUCCAUCUCUAUGUGUGUGCUGCCUUCUUGAUUAAGUGGCGGAAGGAGAUCUUGGAUGAGGAGGAUUUCCAGGGUCUCCUCAUGCUGUUGCAAAACCUACCUACGAUACACUGGGGCAACGAAGAGAUUGGCCUUCUCCUGGCAGAAGCAUACAGACUGAAAUACAUGUUUGCUGAUGCCCCCAAUCACUACCGGCGAUAGGUGCCGCCUCCAAGCGGAGACCCGGACUUUCCCCAUCACUGAUGGCAAUCUAAUCACUGUGGCAAUUGUUUGAGCCCUUGGGCCCCAAGCCAGGAACCACUUCUACUGUACAAAGCUCCCAUCACCCUAGGUCUCCACUUGUUGUGUGCCUGUGUGGCCGCUCCACGGCCCUGGAUGUGUGUCUCCCAGACUCGCAUCAGUAUUCCCUGCUGUGUAGUGGGCUUACUUCCGGGAGAGGGUGAAAGAAAAGUGUGGGAUUGUUUCCUGAUUGUGCCCCCACGUUGCCCAGUUGUCUCUUGUUACCCUCUGGCUGCUCUUCAGACACAGCUUGAUCUGACCACAGGUACAAAUGCCUUAUGUUGUUCAGCCACCUAAUUUUCAUCAUUCUCUCCCCAACUCCACUUCCUCCAGCCUGUGCCCAGUGCUGGACAGCAUUUUAGGACCAUUCGUAUCAGAGAAGAGACGCGUUGAGACAUAGAGCGUUCCUGAGAGUAUCUGGGAAACACAGUACAUUUAAGGGCUGAGAACGUUUGUUUUUCCCUUUAUUCACCCACAUGUGUGCAUGUGUGUCUGUAUGUAUGUGUGUCUGCGUUUGCGUGCAUGUCUGUAUUGGCAUGUGUGCAUACCCUCAGGGCAAGGUGUCCAUUUGUGUCUAGACUAGCCCCACCAUAACCAGCUGUGAAUGACCCAAGUGAACCAGUAUACAAGCAGCCCUUUAAAAGGGGGAGGUGGGGGUGGAAAGGGACUUUUUGCCUCCUCAGACCCUUUCUCCAUCACGACACUCCUAGUCAUUGUGUGUAUAUUGUGUUCUUAUGUAUAUGGGUAAAGAUGUACAAUAUAUGUCCUCUUUGUAGCAGAUAUGAUUUUAUAUUUAUAAUGUGCACCCAUGUUUGAAGCCAAUCUUGGUCCAGUGCAGUCAGUAUUCUAUCUGCUAGACUUGGGAGAUAGAGAUUUUUGCCUGCAUACUAACACAUUUGAGGAUAAAAGGCUCCUCUCCAAGCAAAAUGCCGAAUACCAGGUUUGGUUUUGUUGGCCCACUUGUGGGAAUGGCUUUUGAGGAAGGGCUAUUCAGAGCCAGAGUGAUUACAGGGGAGUAGGUUGUACUUCCUCUCACACCAGCCCCUGGACAUGCGCUUGUUCUUUUAUCAGAUCCUCCCUAUAGUUUUGGCCCUGCUCCUCAUGCUCCUCUCCCAUUAAUUGAACCCCUCGAACUUCAGUGCCCUCCACAGACAGUGUCAUAAACAGGAGAGGAAGCAAGAUCCAUGGGUUUUAACUCCUUCCUUUCCCUAUGUAUCUGGAGGGGAUUUUUUUUCUUUUUUAAUCUUAAUUCUGCAUGUUAUUCCAAAUGGAAACUGUGACUGUUCAGUGCCAAGGGGAGAGGGAGGUGUGGUGUGUGCCCUGGGUUUUCUGGCUCUUGUUCUCAAAAAGAGCUAUGGGUUCACACGGCUCCCACCCCAUCUCAGCCUCAUCUCAAAAUGGUACACUGUGGGGUUUUGGGGUGGUGAAAAGAACAGUGGUCCUUCUAAAAACCAAACAGUGUUCCCAGAAGAUGACUCCCACAAUCUUCAUUGCCAAUAAACUCUAACCACUCUGGUACCAUGUUGUCUUCCUCAUCUGGAGCUGUUUCUCAGGCAUCCUUCAUAGCCCUCUCUUCCCCCUUCCCAUAGCUUGGGCACCUCAGGUGGUCCCUACCCAAAGGGAGGGGGCUUGUGAUCCUUCCUCUGCUGGACUAAUUAAAGAAAGACACUUGUGUUCCCAAGUGAUGGUUUUAUUUUUUUAGUUUUUAUGUUUGUACGGGAAAUUGUGGAUAAAGUGAAAGAAUUGUAAAUAAAUAGUGAAUUUCCUCCUCCA